UUUUGUAAUUUUAAAACGUCAAAAUCGGUCCUGGACUUCGAGUAUUGUAUAUUUUUUUAUUUAGUUUUCUUUUAAUUUCAAAUGCGAAACCAGUAAUCGGGCGUUGAAUAAAAGAAUCGAUUUAAUACUAAAAGACCCAUAAUGGGUUUACCGAACACGCAAAUACCGAGCGACAAGCUUCCGGAAUGCUGGUCAGACGAUGUUCGUAUGAAUGCAUUAUUUGCACCAUUCAGGAUUAAAACUGCUAACCCUGAGUCUUGGGACAUGAAGAUGAAGUUCUGGUCCGAGAUGGUGCGCCAAUGGUGUCGUCAUAGAACAGAUCCUGUGAUCUCUGCAGCUGAUAUAAAGUUUGCUUUUCAAAGGAAAGGCCGUACACCAGCCUGCAUAGACAUUGUUAUUGAAGAGAUGUAUAGAAAUAAUGAAUUAUCACCCAUAUCUAAGUACCUACAAAUAUUACACAACGGUCCCGAAGGCUGGGCUAUGUGGGGUGCAAGGAUAGCGUUCAAGCCAGCAGUGUUUGCUGUCUCCACUGUCCUAUCAUUAUUACCAACACGACCGCAACUAGAUAGUGAUGGACUGCCCAAAGCGAGUAUAGAAUCGACACAGAGAUUUGUACUAGAAAGUGCUGUUAAGGAACAAGCGACAGAAUUCCUUGAUAAUUUUCCACCAGGAGAACAAAGACUAGGAACUAUCGACGAGUUAAUAAAAGCCUCCCAAUGGGGUGGUAGUCGGGAGACAUUGGAGAUAUUACUAGGCUAUCUAGUGUCGCAGGGGGCUGCGGUGAAGAAAGGGGAUGUUGUUAAAAUAGCGGAGCCCAAUAAAAAAGUAACCCCAGUGACGGAGACAGAUGAAGCCUUAGUUAAGUUGACGUCAGCGGAGGCUCGACUUGAAGCUGACUUAGACAAACUUACAAAGGAACUUAAUUCAGCUGAUUCGGAUGCAAGAGCAGCACUUAAGUUGGGCAACAGACUCGCUGCCAAAAAUCACCUACGUCGCAAACAUAAAAUAUCCACACGAGUGCAGCGCUGCGACGCGGCGCUCGAUAAUGUGAGGCAACUUUUACAGCAAAUGAGGGAAGUCGACUCUAACACUGCUAUUGUGGACACAUACAGAACAAGUUCCCAAGCUAUGAAGCGUACGAUGAAGGAGGGUGGACUGGAAGAAGACUCAGUUUUCGAUACUAUGGAUGAAUUGAAAGAAGUGUUGGAAUCUUACAACGAAGUGGAGAAAGCAUUAGGUACUACUCUCGAUGACAUCGAUACUGCAGAAUUAGAGCAGGAGUUGAAGGAACUGCUGGAUACACCAGCUCCGCCUGGUGGGGGAACUCCAGCUGACCAGAGGAGGGAGAAAGGUCAGAGAAAAGAAUCUGAACGUGACUUUGUGUUUGACGGAGAAGAGAGGAUGUUAGCGGAGUUGGAUAAGCUCAGUCUAGAAGAUACUACGCCUAAGAAGAUGGACAGGAAACCGGUGGCAGUUACUGAAACUGCUGAUAAUGGUAUUUCAAUACCAAAAAGCACGAAACCCUCAAAGCCUUGGUAUCCACCGACCGGAGACUGUCUGAGAGCGGACACCGCGUGGUCCGAGAGCGGAGUAGACGCGAGUCUGAAACGACUUAGUGAAGGUUUUGGGGAACUGAGGAUGGAUCAGAGGUUACAUCCAGGUCAACCUUUAGAUAUGGACUUGAGGAGUCCAGCACGUCAUUACGUGUCAGACUUCCAGGUGCGCGACCACAAGCCGGCCCCGGCUGGAGUCUGGCUGUACAACCACGAGGACACCAGCUCCGAGCUCGCCGCCAGCACAGAGUACAUCAGCACGGAAAGUCCAGGUAAGACAGGUAGCAACUUCUUAAUGGCUCCCGGCGAGGGUAGGAGGAAACAGGAACCCUGGCGCACUGAUGAGGAGACCAUCGAAGACCUGCAGACCAGGCUCAACAGGCUACGAGGCUUCAAUAUGUAGAAUAAAUAACAAAUAAGUAUGUAUUUAAGAAAUCAGUUUUCUGCCUACCCCAUUAUUAUAUUUGUAUGUAUAAUUUUUUAUAGAAUUGUAUAAAAAUUAUUAUCUUUGGAAAUUUGGAUGUUUCGAUGUUUUUUUGUUAGUGAAAAUUAACGUUAAUUUUUUUUCGUAGAAUAAAAAUUAGUUUUAUGACUAAACUAAAUCUGAGUGUCCUGGAAUAUCUAAAAAUAAUAAUUUUGCUUGUAUUGACAUUUGAUAUUAUUUGACUAAAUGGACUAACUUAUUUGACCCGGUGGAUAUUAUGGUAAAACACAAUCAUACUAUUAAAAAUGCGAAAUUUAAGAUAAAUACUAUAUUCAAAUCAUCUGAAAAACUUCGAUAUAAAUCAUAUGUAGAGCAAUCUGUAAAAAAAAAAAUUAUUCCGUAUAGACGAAGUCGCGGGCAAAGCUCAUACCAGACAAUGUAAUUUAGAAGAUCCUUUUGUACUAUUCUAAUAUUAUAAAACUGAAAGAUUUGUAUUUUUGUAUGUAUUGAAAUAACUCAAAAACACUAAUCAAUAUUAAAAAAAAAUCACUAUUAAAAAGUUACGCUAUCAGUAACAGGCUAUUUUUUUGUCACGCGGCCGAAGUCAUAAGCAAAAAUUAGUGUUAUACUAUUUUGUAUAGCUACAUAAGUUUUGCGUAUUUUCUUAAUUAAACUAUGUUUUUCUUACAUGCACCAAUAGCUUAAUAGUUAGGUAUGGAUCACGUGGUUGAGGAUUCGAAUCCCGCCAUUCUUUUUUCUAUACAAGCUUUGAGUAACGAAAAUAUCAAAAAUAAAUCUCACCGACCAAGAUUAGUUGUCGCACUAUGUUAAAAAAUUACGAAAAUAUAAAUAAAUAAAAAAAAAUCUGCUGCUAUUUAUAAAAAAAUCAAAAAAAAACCUCACCGGGUCAAAUAAGUUCGUCGCACUUUAGAAAUCUAAUUAUGUGACAAAAUAUUGUAUAUAGUUUUAAAAUAUAAAUAAAUAUCAUAAAAAAUAUUAAUAUUAAAUAAUA